AACAAUAUUAAAGUUUUAUUUCCGGUCAUUUUAAAACUGAUUUACGUAAUGCAUCUCCAAUCACAUUAUGAUGAAAAAUGCCACAGUAUGACGUCAAGUGUAAGCAAUCUAAACGACUUUAUUAUCACGCGUUUUUUAAAUCAAACUGUUGUGAUUUGAACGUCAGGAGCAGCGGUUAGCUGCGUUACCGCUUCAGAAACAUGCAGCGUGUGUUUAAGAAAUUAAACACAAUUGCCUUGCAGUUUCUAUUGUUACUUAGUUUAGCUCUUGCAGUGGCCGAGGAAACAACACUGUGCGGUACCAGCUCUGCAGAACACGGCGGCUCGCGGGUCGUGACAGGUAAAGAUGCCAAACCUGGGCUCUGGCCCUGGCAGGUAGCUCUGUACAGAGAACCGGGUACUCGAGUCAGUUGUGGCGGAACCAUCGUUAGUAGAGACUGGGUUGUAAGCGCAGGCCACUGCUUUUUCGGCCCUUAUAGGGAUCCUCUGAAAUGGAAGGUAGCCCUUGGGCUGGUUGAUACAGCGGUUCCUGAGCACUGGGCACAGAGGUCAGGCGUGGAUAAACUCUACGUGCAUGAGCAGUUUUUUAACCCUGAUAAUGACAUCGCCCUGCUCCAUUUAAGUAGCCCAGCUGAGUUCAAUGAUUACGUCAGACCAGCCUGCCUCCCCUGCACUGGCACGAGCAACACAGAGGAGUGGAGUAACUGCUAUGUAACUGGAUUCGGACUGUUUUCAGAGACAGGAGCUCAAGGAGUAGUCCUUCAGCAGGCUGGAAUGAAACUGAUCCCACCAGAUGAAUGUAAAAGUAAAGAAAUGUAUGGUGCAUAUGUGAACGACAACAUGGUGUGUGCUGGCUUCGCGGGAGGGGUGGAGGACACCUGUCAGGUAGCAAAGUCACUGCAGACUUCUAAAAAGAAACUUGGAACCGCACAAGGUGAUGGAACUGGACUGAUAGAGUCAAGCAACCAGACUAGCUUUGCUUUAAAAGCACAAUGCUGCCAGGCGAACAGCGGGGGUCCCCUGGUUUGUAAACUGAAAGGGGGGAGCGGUGCCUUCCGGCUUGUGGGAGCGGUGAGCUGGGCUCGGGGGUGCGCUAACCCUGACAAGCCUGGGGUGUACUCCUCAGUCAGCAGGUACGUCGAGUGGAUUGCAAACACAACGGGCGUCGCUGCCGAGGUAUUGCAAGGGGAGACGACAACACUCGUGUGUCACUGAAGAAAUGGCAACUGUAAAAAAAUAAUAAAUAUCUUGUUUCAUUCAACUACAGACUUGCUUAUUCUGCUAAUCUCUGCAGAAGCACACUAGGUGUGUUCAGUAACAAUCUCAAACGAGAUCACUGACUGCUCCAGAAGUAUUUUAAUCGAUGGCAUCAGUGUUAAAUACA